CGGAGCUUUUGAGGCCUUUUUCCGUCUUACGUCCAGCAGAAGUCUCCCGGCCCAUCGUGGUUGUUGCGAGGGUAUGCGCCAGCAUGCUUCGUUUCGUGCACAUGAUGCGUCAAUUGUGAUGCGUGUGACAUCUCUCUCUUGGUUUCUGUGCUGUAGGUUGACUGCUUCGACAAGACAAGCAGCAGCCUGCUGCCCUCUCGGAGGCCCACCCGCUGAUCAAGGAGCUGGACAGAUCGAUGGCGUCUGUCUGGAGGUGCGCGAGAGUCACACACAAAUGCAACACAGACGGGUGUGGCCGCAUUGUCUGCCUUGUCUGCAGGCUGCCCAUUGUGCUGCUUCUUCUGUCCGUCGCCCUGUCACCGCUGCCGUCGUCUGCGGCCUUCGUCCGGCCCAUCCGGCUGACACACACAGGGCCCAUCCGAGUGGCACAUCAACCGCAGCCCACACCGAGAUCAGCCGGAGGGAGGCCGGUGACCGCUCUGAGUGCUGGCAGAUUCAACCUUAAGAAGCAUCUCAGCCAGCGGGACAUCGCCUGUGUCAACGUGGGGGCAUUAAGCGGCGUCCUGAUCUCUCGGUUGUUGUUCCUCACGGCCGCCAUAUUGGUGCAGUACAUCGCCGCCAUUGACAUCAGGUAUCUUGCGUGAGGGUGGCUGCAUCGUAAAUCAGUCAAUCGGCUUAUCCGUAUCUGUCUGUGUGUGCAUCUGCGUGCAGUUCGAGCGGCCAAGAGAUCGUGAUAAGGUUGGCGAGUGUCGAGGUUGACGCCGCUGCCGUGCUUUCACGGUUCGCCGCGACCACACUGCUGGUGGUGCCCAUUAUCGUCUUCUGGUGGAGCAAGAUCCCGGAAAGCUCCACCAUACCGAGAGAUCGUAAGCGGUGGGCGGAUGCACAUGCACAUCCGUGGACAUCUCUUUGUGCAUGUGUGUGUCAUUGAUCAAUCAGGUGACGUGCCGUCGGAUGUACAACUGCUCGAGAACAGCUCGACAAGACCAGCGGCAGGAGAAACAGCAAUUAGGCUGCGGGAUCGCAAUUGCGUGGGUCUGGGCAUCACCGUCGGCUGUCUGCUGUACAGCUACUUCGAGGCCUUUUAUGCUGUAGCAUCUUACAGUAUGGGGGGUGCCGAGGGGGCCGCACUCGUGCUGUCGGCGAUGUUAACGUUUGCCUUGCCCACGUUGUUCUGGGGGAAUUGGAUUGCCUUCUUGUGGAAGGCGGUCGCAUACGAUGAUGAGUGAUGGAUGGAUGGAUGGAUGGAUGUGACGCAGAGAGAAGGUCCACAGCAAAG